ACAUAAAUUGCAAAGUUUUUCCCAAUGUGUUUUUUUAUGUGCGCUGGGCGGGGCGGGGCGUGGCGUGGCUGGUGUCCAUGGCAACCAUGGCAACCACUUCAAUGACCAAACAUUACGUGCCCAGGAGCUGACGACAUUUCAGUUUCGAUUUGCUGCGUAAUCCGUGAAUAUGGCUGCCGAAGAUUCCUGGGUAUUCGAUUCUCUGGUCUGUUUUCUGCACGGACCCGUCUGGAAUGCGCCGUUGCAGACAUUUAUUGAGCAAAAGUCCCUGGUCUUUGAUCCCAAUUUGCAGCUGGACGAGGGCAACGAGGAGAUACGGCAGAUACAUGAGGAAUACAAGAAUCUGGUGGACUAUAUGCUGGGCAGCUUUAUGGAGGAGAUGCACAUAACGCCGGAACAGUUUGAGUUGGCCUGCUUGGAGGGACGGCAACAGGGUCCCGGCGAGAAUCCCUUCCAGUUCCAUCAGGUGCUCUUUCAGCAGAUUUGGGCCGCCAACGAUCUGAAGAUCUUUAUACGCAUGAUGACGCAACGCAAUGUGGAGCUGCAGCUGCAGGCGCUGGAUCUCAUCGAGAAGCAUCAAUUGGCGCACAGUGCUUCGGCAGAGCUGGUGGAUACGGAGCGCGCAGCGGGCGCGGAAGCCAGCAAUACGGCGUCCGAUUUGGAUGUGGAUGAGCUUAUUGCCAAGACUGUGGCCGAUGAGCUCGAAAGUCCGGAGGCCGCGCUGACGCCCGAGCAGGAGGCUAAUUUGGAGCUGGUCAACGACAAGUUUCAGCGGCUGAAUCUGUUCUUCGAGCGGGAGGAUCAGGUGGAUCCCAAUGAGGUGGUCUCGCGUCAGGAGUAUUUGCGCCAGCAGCGUGACAAAAUAGUCGAGAUCAAGAAACAGACGCGCGCCAAGCAGCUGCUGGACACCGUGGCACGCAGCACGCCGCAGCACCAGGAGCCCGGCGCACGGCCCAGUUCCGCGCAGGUGGCCCAACAGCUGCUCGAGAAUGUCGAACUGGACAAACUGCCGCCGGCGCCAGUGGCUGAGGCUGACAAUGCGGCGCUGCAGCUGCGACGCACGCUGGCCAAACGGCUGCGCAACGAGGUUGUCGAGCAUAAUUAGGAGAUGGCAUCAAUAUACCCUUGCAGAGGGUAAUAUAGUUAUGUUCUCGAAUUAUAGAGUAUAAUUUAUUCGCUCAAGUCUACUCGUUAUACCCUAAGUUGAGUCCUUAUACCCCUGUUCGUCCGUCUGUCUAUAUGAUUCUAUUCUGGUCUCCCAGUUUUGAACAUAUUCUUAAAUAUUCUAUAAAAAACUUUUUUAUAUUAUAUAUCUUUAACGAAACUACGAGCUAUUAUAAACAAUGGAGUAUAUAUUAUAGGGUAUAAAAUUCCCAAAAACUCAAUUCUUUUAAGAAACA